AUGGAGGAUACGGCAGAUAGCGACAGAAAGGAGCCUUCAGCCUCGCCGAGCGCAACAAACAACUCCAGUGAAGAAGUCGAAAGCGCCAUUGAGAAGCCCAAAGUUGCUGCAUCAAAGCAAGAUGAAGCCUCGGAGGCACUGGAAGAAGGAGAAGAGGUCGAGGACCGGCCAGGCGAGGUGAGCACAACCAACUCGGAUGCGAAUUGGGUAGAGGGGCACAAUGGAGCAAGUGAGCCAUCCGCCAGUGACGGAACGGCAGACGCCCCGCCACUGCCAGACGAAUCAAUUCCUCCAUUGCCAACCGAAGCCCCUCCUACCACAUCAGCACCAGACGAUGGGUGGGCUCCGGUUUGGGAAGAAUCGGCACAGGCUUUCUACUUCUACAACCACUUCACCGGCGCAAGUCAGUGGACGAAUCCCCGAGUUCCAGAAGCAGAUGCUGCUAUUCCCCAACCAGGCCCACCCGGCGUCGCAACUCCAGUCGCAGCAGCUACGAAUUCCCCCCCUCCACCGGCAGCAAUAACUGGUUAUAAUCCUGCGAUACAUGGCGAUUACGAUCCCACCGCGUGGUAUGCUCAACCGAAUGCUGCUGCUGAGGUAUCCGCAUCCGCAGGACAAGCAGACCAAACGGACGUAUAUGCGGCAACGGCAGCCUUCAAUCGAUUCACAGGGCGGUUCCAGAAUGCCGAUAUUACCCCUGACAAUUUCAAUGACGAGAAUAAGAGCAAACGACAGAUGAAUGCAUUUUUCGAUGUCGAUGCUGCAGCGAAUAGCCACGAUGGGAAAAGCUUGAAAGCAGAAAGAAGCGGCAAGAAGCUGACCAAGACGGAACUGAAGCAAUUCAAGGAGAAGCGAAAAGCGAAAAAAGAGGAGAAGCGGAGAGCUUGGCUGAGGGAUUGA